AUGGCCGGUGAUGACAAUCCAACUGCCGGAGGUGAUUCAGGAACUGGGAAAAAGAGACGUAUUGAUGAUGAGGAAGACGAACCGGUGGUGAUAGAUAGUUCUGACAAAGAGAACAGUGAAUCAGACGAAGGGCUCACAUUCGAGGAGACGGUUGCCCGAAAGAAGAAGAAAAAAGCUGCCCGAACAAAAAGAAAGCAAGAAGAGAAGCGAGCCGCGUUGGUAGGAGAAUUGGCUGCAGGACAUGAAACACCUUCGGCCGGUACCGGUCUAUCGCGAGCUUUGCAAGAGUGGUUGAGAUUCAUGAUGGGUAUCUCAAGGAAAUCAAAGUCAACUCAAGAUUCUGAUAUGCCGAAAUCACCUACCGAUGAAGAACGUAAAGGAUGGAUGGACAGAAAGAAGAAUUGGGAAGCUCUCAUCACGAAGGCAAUUGAUAAGGCAAAAGAGAAAUACAUUGCUCGGAAGACCAAGAAGGAUCCAAAGUUCAAGCCAAAAGCCACUCAGAUCCUUGCAAUUGAAAAGGAUGCUGCUGACGAGGCCAUGUUAACAAACCCCUUAAAACCUGUCUCAUUUGUUUCUUCAUUGUCGUUCACUGAACUCAUAAAAACUCCGGAUGGUCGAAAGCAACUUGAGGAGGACAAAGCAAUUGAAAAGAGUAAAGAGAGCAGAAGGCGAGCUCUUACAAAGAUUCAUACUGCGCGCAUGGAUCUAGUCAAUGAACUGUUUGGUGAAGAUUCGCCUGAAGCGAAGAUGGUCUCGUAUAAGGAAGUGCAUUCCAAAGACGAGGUCACGAGUAGUGCGCGAAGCGCCACACGCUACAAAGUUCGAAAAGAGUGUAUUCGCGACCGUGAGGUGAAACCGAGGCUGAUCCGAAGAGCUAAACUCAUCACCAAACGUGGGACUUAUUCUUCAACACCCGAUCAAGAGUCCCGUCCACCAAAGGGGUUUCAAAGGUCACUAGUCUCACCAACCUGGUUAAGUGGCUGCACAAAACUCACCGUGAUCAGCUUGGGAUUGAAAAAUCACAACAAAGUGAACAUCUCCAAGGCUUUAGAAGAUAUGGUAAACUUAUUACAAACUGAAGGGUCUAAUAUACAAUCAACUCAACCAGUAGCGUCAGGAAGUGGAUUUGCCUCAAAAAGUAUUCAUUGUGAGGGGCUGAGUUGGCCUGAUAAGUUGGCUCAAUUGGCCCUCUUGAUUCCAGCACAACAACUUACCUGCUUAACACACAUUCGAUUUUCCGAAACCACCGCAAGUUUAUUCACCUUGGUCGGAUUAAAAACGUGGCAUUGGCCGUCUUUUGGAUUGCUGGUUGUACCUUGGAAAAGAGAUUGGAAUCACAUGCUCUGUCAAUGUGUCGAACUCCAUUGCAAUGACGAGGCUUUUGAAUAUGAUGGUGAAGUCCAUAUCGGAGUUCUUUUUCACCGCACCAACUACCCAAACCAUUUGAAGAAAAUUGAAAACUAUCAAAAAGAAGAAGUUUCCCCGUCCUUUCAAAGCCAACAAAGACUUACACCAGUGGCUGCGAUGGAAACCGAUGAACCCUCUCGAAAACGCAUACGCUCUCCAUCUCCCCCUGAUGCGCGUUCCGAAUUUCUAGCCAGCUCAUCACGAACUCAAAGGCCAACAAAGGCGCCGCGUACAACUAGUCGAAAUGAUGCUGAUGAAGUGGUUGCAACAAUAGAUACCUCUGGAUUCAAUAUCCCUUUCAAAUUCCUGCUGGAUAUGCGAUGUGUUCAAGUUCUAUUCCAAAUUGUGUCCGAUUUUCUGGACGAUCGAAAGAGCCAUUGGAGCUGCCGGAAAACGCUCAAGUUUGAACGCAAGCGGAUGUUACAAUUGAUGUCUUCUGAGAAAUUGAGUGGUCUUUUGAAGGAGAUUCCACAAUCUAUUGAGAAAGUGAUCAAAAUGAUGAAGCUAGAUGUCAAAGUGAUUCGAGAGGUGUCAUGUGUAGUUUGUUUUGCACUUCACGGUCCAGUCAAUCAAAAUAAAACAAGUACAAUUGGGGAGGUCAAAACCUGCAACAACCUGCGAGUUCCAUCAAAAACUUCUGCAGAACGUCGAAUCAUCUGUGGAGCACCUCUCUUCAAGGAUCCUUCCCGCCAUCACGAUCCUGCCCCAAUUCUUUCGACUUGCUACCCUGCUCCCAAUGUUACAACAAAUCCAUUUGAAUUUUCCUUUCCUUCUACCGAUAGCCAGACUGAUACCAGUGACACAUCUGGAAGCCGAACUCGGUAUCCUCGGGCAGUUAAUACUCGGGCUUGGAAUAUAAUUCCAUCCAAUAGCGAAAAUACCGACCCCCUUGAAAUUACAUCAGAAUCGUCCAACACAACAGCAAGCACAGUCACUGCCGCUCCAGCCUUCUCUCGGGUCAUGCACGAGCACGAUAUCAAAACCCUUGGUGUACUUCUCCGACAAUUUCGAGAGCAUGUCCAAGCCUCUUGGCCUGGUGUUCGAUCUACACCAAAUAUGCACUAUUCUCAACACCUUCCAGACCAAUGUCGACGUCUUGGACCCCCUCAAUACCACGCAGCUUGGGCAGGUGAACGUAUUAUUGGCUCAUUAGUCCAAACCCCCAAAUCAGCUUGUUCAGGAAAUGUAGGACAUACCCUGAUUCAAAGGCAUGGGCAGCGAGCAAUGUUUCGACAUCUUUUGACCAACAUGCCUAAACCUGAUCAACUGCAGCUCGGGCUGGAAACUCUUUCCAUCUCAACCGAAUCUAAAUGGUGUCCUUUCUCACCCACCAACAACAUCCUCCAUGUGAUUAUGAAUGUUUUAUCAAAAAUGGGCCUUUUACAACCGGAUGGUACACUCCCAGCAUUACCAACCACGCACUACUGGAAACAUGCUAGCAAACUGUGUCCAGCUACAUCAGAACGAGUUUGGACUCAUUCAAAGUAUCUUUCGCCUGGUCAACACGAGUCAGCAAAUGUCUUCUACCGAGAUUCAUCUAUAACUAAAUGUAUCACAAAAGACAAUCUCUUCGGACACUGUGUGGUUUUUGAGACCGCUCCUGAAACCUUUGGAAUUUCCAAAGCCACUAACAUUAUUGUUAGCCUAAGAACCAUGGCAAUCGUUGACAUGGCAUCAACUCUUGAGCAACUCGAUAUAUAG